AUUGGCCAACGUAGAGACGUCAUUCUCGCAGUCUUGAAUCGGUACAACCUAAAGAUAAACCUGACAAACGGUGGAUGUGAUCCCCAACGUUAACCACUAUGUCGCUUAAUUGUGGAUUCUAGAUCUACAAGAGAGACCGAUACUAACUUUCUAGCGGUGGUGAUUCUACAAAGGCAGCAUGCAGCCGGUUGAAGCACAAAAAGGUGUUUCUACCAAAAGCCAGCUGUUGGAUUCUCUGAAGGUUUAUCUGAACAACAAGAGCAGAUUACAACCCAUCAUCGGCCUGGGCAGUAUUAUAGAAUGUGUGAAGGCCGGUACACACAACAAAGAAAUAUUGUUCCUGUGUGAGGUAUGUGUGUGUCAACUUAAUAAAGCUGACAUGCGAAACCACAUCAUGGGAAGUCUCCACAGAUACAACUACAUUAAAGCCUGGCACCCCCACUUAGUGUCUGAAUGGAAGGAGAAGUCUGACCUGUCUAAGCUGGCCUGGCCACUCAUGGAGAUGGCUAAGACACUUGAGGAGAAGGAAGGGCCCGGAGACGUCCAGGUAUGUUGUUUAACUGUGUACGUUGUGGAUGCAAACAGAUGCAUGUUUGGAUAUGAGCCCUCACAUCUUUGUGUGUACAUUCAUAUAAAGUGGUUAGAGCUCGAAGAUGCUGUAUACCAGAGGAUAGCAACAAACAGCGAGAAUGACGCAGUAACUCUGAUAACUAUCUUGAGAGACCAGCAGGGUGAAACUGAAAACCUUUCAGAGAGCACAUCUACGCAGCCGGAGCAAGAUUCCCCUCAAUCUCAGAGGAUUGUAUUACUUUCCAAAAACCGACAAGGACAGAUCUCCGAAGUGCCAGAGACAAAUUUAACAAUAGAUGUAAUCAAGUCCACACGGCGUUUAGAGAACAGUUCACCUGAACCCUCCCUGCCAUCAGAGAACCGCAGCAGCUCUCUGGAUGGCUACACGGGAGCCGAGCCUCUUAUUGGUGAGAACAAAAAAAAUAUAUAAAGGUCUUCCUAUUGUGGCUCGUCUAAAUACAAUU